AUGAGCACGGGGCGCAUUUUAUGUAGGCUCAUGGGCUGGCCUUAGCAGACGCCAGUGGGAGAUGGUGAAAAUAAGGUUCUAACGUGCUUCAAAGUACCGGCUGAAUUCACACGGCUCAUAUUACACGGCCACCAUGGGUGCUCUUUUCCGGAGUGAAGAGGUUUGUCUAGUUCAGCUCUUCCUUCAGUCAGGAGCAGCAUACAACUGUGUCAGCGAACUUGGAGAGCUGGGACUGGUUGAAUUUAGAGACUUGAAUCCAAAUAUCAACGCUUUUCAGCGGAAGUUUGUUAAUGAAGUAAGAAGAUGUGAGGAGAUGGAGAAAACUUUUUCGUUUCUGGAGCAGGAGAUCAGCCGUUCUCUGUGCCCACCUCUGACGGGUCCUCUACCCAUACCGAGCCCGGUGCCCUCGGCCCCACAGCCCCGAGAGCUGCUGGCCAUUGAGGAGGAGAGCGAGCGACUGGCCAGAGAGCUGAGAGAGGUGUCCAGGAACAGAGAUAGCCUGAGGAACCAGCUGACUCAGCUCAGCCAAUACAGAGGCGUGUUGAUCCAAACUCACUCCCUCACAGCUUCACAGGGUCCCCCGCCUCCUACAACGGUAGAAACAGCUUCGCUAUUGGAUAACAGACAAGACGUCAGACUGAGUUUUGUGGCUGGAGUGGUUCACCCGUGGAAGGUACCCUCUUUUGAACGGCUGCUCUGGCGGGCCUGUCGAGGUUACAUCAUUGUGGACUUCUGGGAGAUGGAUGAGAGACUGGAGAUAUCUGACACUGGCGAGACGGUUCAGUGGACUGUAUUCCUCAUCUCGUACUGGGGCGACCAGAUUGGCCAGAAGGUCAAAAAGAUAUGUGACUGUUUUCACACGCACACGUUUGCCUAUCCAGAAAGCACAGCUGAGAGGGAGGAGAUUCUACAUGGACUUCAAGGCAGAAUACUGGAUAUCAGAACGGUGCUUUCCCAGACAGAGAAUUACCUGCAGCAGCUGCUGGCCCGGGCGCUGGCCGAGCUGCCGCGCUGGCGUGUGCGCGUGGGGAAGUGCAAGGCCGUGCAGACGGUGCUCAACCUCUGCAGUCCGUCCGUCACCGACAAGUGCCUGAUCGCCGAGGCCUGGUGCCCCGUCAGGAAGCUGCUGCUGCUGCAGAGUGCGCUCAUCGAGGGCACGAGGAAGAGUGGCAGUGGAGUAGAUUCAUUCUACAAUCGGCUUCCUGCCCCCACCUCCCCGCCUACUCUUUUCAACACCAACUCUUUCACUGCCGGCUUUCAGAGCAUAGUGGAUGCUUACGGGAUAGCCAGCUAUAGGGAAGUCAACCCAGCCGUGUACACCAUCAUCACCUUCCCUUUUCUGUUUGCGGUGAUGUUUGGGGACGUGGGCCACGGUUUCCUCAUGACGGUGGCAGCCCUGUGGAUGGUUCUGGAGGAGAGGGACCCCAAACUGAGGAACAACUCCAAUGAGAUCUGGAAGAUGCUGUUUGGAGGACGCUAUCUGAUCCUACUGAUGGGGCUCUUCUCCAUGUACACGGGUGCCAUCUACAACGAGUGCUUCAGCAAAGGCCUCAGCCCCUUCCCCUCUGGGUGGCACCUGCAGCCCAUGAUCCAGCACUACAACUGGAGUGAGGACACUCUACGGGAGAACCAGUACCUCAGCCUGGACCCCAAUGUGACAGGAGUUUUCCAGGGGCCGUAUCCGUUUGGCAUUGACCCGAUCUGGAGGUUAGCCAAUAACCACCUGACCUUCCUCAAUUCCUACAAGAUGAAGAUGUCUGUCAUCAUUGGGGUCCUCCACAUGACCUUUGGAGUGUGCCUGUCAUUCUUCAACUACAUACACUUUGGCCAGCUGAGCAGCGUGCUCCUGGUGCUGCUGCCCGAGCUCGUCUUCAUGCUCAGCCUCUUCGGCUACCUGGUCUUCAUGGUCGUCUUCAAGUGGGUCGCCUUCGGGCCGUGGGACUCGGACCGGGCCCCCAGCAUUCUCAUCCACUUCAUAGACAUGUUCCUGUUCGCUCAGAACCCGGACAACCCGCCACUCUACCCCAGGCAGAUGAUCGUGCAGCGGGUGCUGGUGGUGUUGGCGCUGAGCUCGGUGCCCGUGCUGUUACUGGGCAAACCCCUCCACCUCUACCUCAAGCACAAGAGAAGAGCCCGCAGCAGCACUAGGGAGCAGGCUCCAGUGAUGACAGACACCAGCUCCAUCAACACCCUGCAGGGAGAUCUGGAGGGCGACGGGGGCCGGGAGCCUGCGGAGUUUGAUGGGGCCGAGGUGUUCAUGCACCAGGCCAUCCACACCAUAGAGUACUGCCUGGGCUGCAUCUCCAACACGGCCUCCUACCUGCGCCUGUGGGCCCUGAGCCUGGCCCACUCCCAGCUGUCAGAGGUACUGUGGGUGAUGGUGAUGCGGAUCUCGUUGUCAUGGCAAGGUUACGUAGGCUCCGUGGUGCUGGCGGUCAUCUUCUCCUUCUUCGCCAUGCUCACUGUCUCCAUUCUCCUCGUCAUGGAGGGCCUCUCAGCCUUCCUGCAUGCCCUGCGUCUACAUUGGGUGGAGUUUCAGAAUAAGUUCUAUAGUGGGACAGGAUACAAACUCAACCCCUUCUCAUUCAACACGAGCCCAGCUUAGCCUGACUGUAGAUGUACUCUAUUAUGUAACCUUUAUGUUUAUAGUCUAAUAGCACAAAAGUGCUUUAUAACUUCAUUUUGGAGUUUACUUUGUAAUGUAUAUAUCCCUUUUACUGUAACGGGAAACAAUGUACAGUAUGUAGUAUUAACAGUUACUGGUUGGGCAGCUGAGCUCAGGUAAUGGUUUUAAAAUGUGCAGUGCAAAACAGAUUGUCAACAUCAUCCCAGUACAUGCAUUGGACUGCACGUUAUGUAUAAAUGACCAUCAUGAACAGUAUUAAAAUAUCUCUUUUGAUUAUUUUCAGAUUUUCCUGUUUAAAAAAAAUCUUGCAGACAGUCUUAGUAGAUCUCACAGGCAUUGGAUUUCUUUCUAAACUGCUCAUACUUUUCAGUCAAUACUUUGAGUGUAGGUCACACUUACCGUAUUAAAGAGAAAAGUAUGAGCAAUCAAGGCAUUCAUAGAAAAGUCUGAGCAACUUAAAAAAAAUCAACACAUUGCCUUGGCCACUGCAUUUCAUGUGUUUACUGAGGACCCUGGAGUAACAUUAUAAUGGUGCAUGUUUGUGGUUUAUCUGCAUCAUACUCAGUUGCUUAAAGGAGUCAUGCCAGAUACUUUCAAUUACUUUAUAACAUUAUCUGAGCUUUUGUACAAUCGACAAGGCUUUUUUUAUUAAAUAAAUGCUUUGGCUCA